GAGGCGCCAACCAAGAUGGCGGCGGCUGUGGCGGCCGGAGGAGGAGGCGGCUGCGGCGGCGGCGUCCGGGGCAGCCUCUCCAUGGGCCCCGUCGCGGCUGCUGCCCCCGCCCCGCCGGCGCCGCCCCCGGAGCGCUUCUCGCUGGUGGUGGUCUUCGGCGCCGGGGGUGGCCGUCCGGGGCUGCGCAGGGCGGUGCUGGCGGCCGUCAGAGCCGGGAUCCGUUCUUGGGAUAUCGACCUGACCGCCUGCAACCUUGACCAGCAGCUCAAGCUCUUCGUCUCCCGCCACUCUGCGACUUUUUCGGCUCUAGUGAAAGGUCAGCGUGCCCUCCACCAUCGUGGGGAAGUGCUGGAGACCUUAGUGCUGCUGAACCCUUCGGACAAAUCCAUCUGUGACGAGCUCCGCAACCUGAUCACCGACCCUUCGCGCCACAAGCUGCUGAUCUUUGCGGGGCCCUGCAUUGAGGAGACCGGGGAGCUGGUGCUGCAGCUGGGCUCCUUCUCCCUGAGGGACUUCAUCCAGGUCUUUGCGGAUAAAGAGGUUGGGGAGCUGCUCAGCUCGGCCGACCCCUCGGCCAAGGCCAGCCUGACCGUGAUCUGCCCGGACUUUGGGGAGUGGAAGGACCCCCGGCUCAGCCAGCACAACCUCCUGGACUUCAUCGACCUGCACUUCAACCCUGGCUGCGUCCUGCCCCCGAUGGAGGGCUUGCAGGAGUUCACAGAGUACCUCUCGGAGUCCCUGGAGCCCCCCUCCCCCUUCGACCUCCUGGAGCCCCCCAGCACGGUGGGCUUCCUGAAGCUCUCCAAGCCCUGCUGCUACAUCUUCCCUGGGGGGCGAGGCGACUCGGCCUUCUUCGCGGUCAACGGCUUCAACCUCCUGGUGAACGGGGGCUCCAACCCUCGCUCCUCCUUCUGGAAACUGGUGCGCCACCUGGACCGCAUCGACUCCGUCCUGGUGACCCACGUGGGGACCGAUAGCCUGCCCGGCGUGAACAGCCUGCUCCAGCGGAAGCUGGCCGAGAUGGAGGAGGACCCUUCCUCCCGGGGCCCCCAGGGGGACGACUGGGGGAAGAACCUCAUCUCCCCAGAGCUGGGGGUGGUCUUCCUCAACGCCUCGGAGAAGCUGAGGGAGAUUGAGGGGGAUUCCGGCCUCUUGAAGAGCUGCGACGAGGCCAGCCUGACCCUGCGGUACCUGCACAAACUGGGCAUCCGGCCCAAGGCGCUUGCCAGGGAAGCCGCCCCCAGGACGGAGCCCACCAUCCUCUUCCAGAAGAUGGGCGUGGGGCGCCUGGAGAUGUACGUGCUGCACCCGGUGAAGGGCAGCCGGGAGCUGGACUUCCUGAUGCAGCAUUGGAGCGGGAACGGCGCCCCCAAAGGGCUGGAGCUGCCCCUGCAGUGCCUGACCUCCAUCUGCGCCCUCCUCGUCUGGCACCCGGUCAGCCCCACGGAGAAGAUCGUCCGGGUCUUGUUCCCCGGCUGCACCCCCCAGGCCAGGAUCUUGGAGGGGCUGGAGAAGGUCAAGCACUUGGAGUUCCUCAAGCACCCGGUGGUCACCCAGAAGGACGUGGACUCCCCCUCCCCCUCCCAAGCCAAGCACAAGGGGGCCGGGAGUCAGGAGAGCCUCAAGUCCGGCUCUCGGCUCAGCCUGACCGAAUCCAAGGAGAAGGAGCCGAAGCCGGCCAGGGACCGGCCCAGGGCGCCCAGCGAGGCCUCCAAGGGCAGCCUGGAGGAGGAGAAGGCCAGGGGGGCCCAGCCGAAGACGGAGCCCUCGGCGGAGAAGAGCAGGCAGGACGCCAGGCCCAAGCAGCCGAAGGAGAAGCCCCCGGGGGCCAGGAAAGAGGGGGGAAAGAAGGUGCUGCCGAAGGAAGAGGCUCCUCGGGAGAAGGAGGGGGCCCGGAAAGAGGGGAGGCUGCCCAGGAGGGAGUCGGCCAAGAGGGAGGAGGCCAGGAAGGAGGGGAAGCCGGAGGAGAAGGCAGCCAAGCCGCCCACCAGAGAGCUGCGGAGGAUGCCAAGCGCAGAGAUGAAGAGGCCGCCCACCAAAGCGGGCACUUCCAAAAAGACAGUCCCUGCUCCCAGGAAGGAGCCGGAGAGGCCAAGGAGCAAGUUGCUGAAGGAAGCCCCACCCGGGAAGCCCCCCAGCGGCACCAGAGGCGGGGGGCCCUUGGAGGUCUCUAAGCCCCCCUCCUCAUCCUCAGAGAAGGACACGCAGGAGAAGCUGCGCGGGGGCCCCCGCCAGGUGGGAAUGGCAGGGCAGGGGCCGGGUCAGCCUGUCGCCCCGGCCGAGAGCCAGCUGAGGCCUCCCCCGCUGGGCAGUGUGGACCGCCAAGGGAACGACCCUCGGCCCGCCCAGAACGGCUUGAGCACAGAGGGGGCCCCAGAGAGCCCUCAGACUUUCCGGCAUCUGGAAGCUGGCUCGCCUUUGAAGUGGAUCGGGCCCCCCUCCCCACUGGUCAAGACUCCCAAGGGGGACCAGAGCAUCCACCUGGAACUCUCACCGAGUGACCUUCAGCCCCGGCUCAACCACUGCCCAGACGCGGAGGACGCCGGCGGCAGCUCCGACGAAAAGACCCUGGAGAUGAUGUCCCCAGCCAGCACGGGGCGCACGCCUUCCCACCACUCCCCCAUGGAGGACGUGGCCAUGGAGGAGGAGCCCGUGGCCCUCGGCAAUCCCUGGAGGCCCGAUGGCACCGUCCCUGGCCCCCGAGCCUCGCACGACAACUCCAGCUCUUCCCAAGAGAAGCCCCCCAGCUGCCUCUCCCCGAGCCUCUACCGGGACGACCUCCACGACAUCUCCCCCACGCUCACCACCCCCUCGCUGCCCGCCGAAGUGGGCUCCCCCCACUCCACCGAGGUGGACGAGUCGCUCUCGAUCUCCUUCGAGCAGCUCCUUCCCCCCGUGAGCGAGUUCCCCCAGGAGGAAGGAGAGGGCAUGCAGGCUGGAGGGCUCACCCCAGACCCCGAGCCCGCCUUAGGGAAGAGCGGCAUGUCCCUGCCCAUCCUCUCCUGCCACCCCCAGCGCCUGGAUGGCCGCGUCCUGCCCAGAUCCGGCCAGCGGUCGGAUUCCCCGCACGACGUGGAUGUCUGCCUGGUGUCCCCUUGUGAGUUUGAGCACCCCAAGUCGGACAGGUCGCCAUCAGCCAACUUCAGCCCCCGGGACAUGUCCAACAGCAGCGACUUCUCCCAGGAGCUGGCCAAGCCCCCCUCGCACAGGAAGGGCCCCCGAGCCCGCCGGCCCCACCCUCUGCUGGAAGAGACCCCGCCGACGUCCUUCAGUGAAUCGCUACCCACCCUCUCCGACUCAGAUGCCCCGCCUGCCAUGGAGGAGUGCCCUUCCCUCACGGCCGAUGGCGGGCUGGACUCGGACGAUGACCCGGAGAGCCUAGCCCAGGCCCGCGACCCACUCCCGGCCGUCCUGAAAGACCCCUGCCCGCUCCCUGCCCAGCCUGGCAUCUGCAUGGUGGACCCCGAGAGAGAAGGGGCCACCAAAGCCAAGCGGGCCCCGUCGCGGGGGGCUUCGGCCCCUCCCAAAGCAGAUGCACUCAAAGCCGCCGCUUCCAACGCCCGGGUGAAGCCUUCCUCAGCCAGCCUGGGGGAGAGGACCCGGCUGCCGGCCCCCGGCAGAAGCGACCCCCCAAACUCUCGUGCCAGCGGGGACAACCGGCUGGCCUUUGCCCAACGGAAUCCAAAUGCCCGGCUUCUCCCGGGGGGAGGAAGAUCAACCCCGGCAGGGGCCCGUCCCGGCCUGCCCCGCUGCCCAGUGUACCUGGAGCUGGCCUACCUGCCGGGCUCGGCCAGCGCCCAGAAGGUGGACGAGGAUUUCUUCCGCUGCGUCCGCUCCCAGUGCUACGUCAUCAGCGGGGAGGACCACCUGAAGGAGAGCGUCCUGCGCGGCAUCCUGGACGCCCUGCUCUCGGGGAAGCAGCACUGGGACCACGACACCCAGGUGACCCUCAUCCCGACCUUCGACUCGCUGGUCAUGCACGAGUGGUACGCGGAGACGCUGGAGCGCCAGCAGGAGCUGGGCGUGACCGUCCUGGGCAGCAACAGCACCGUGGCCAUGCAGGACGAGACCUUCCCCGCCUGCAAAGUGGAGUUCUGAGCAGGACACACACACCCCUCCCCGGACUGGGGCUUCUCGGGGGUGGGGGGGAGGAGGGGGUCCUGGGUGGGCCGGCUCCUUCCAAAGCUCUGCUUCAUGCCAAAAGAGCCCCCCCGCCUUCCGGGGGCUUUGGGGGGGGGCACCAGAGGGGCUUUGUGUCUCCCUUUGAAAAUUGCAACACUCCCCCCCCCCCCGUUUGUCUGUUUUGUUUGCAUGUUGACCACCACAGCUUCUCCCCAGCCCAGGGAGGGAGGUGGGGGGCCAGGAGAGGCCCGGUUGUAGUCGUCCCCCCCCCUCCCCAUGGCAUGGCUGGGGGGCUGCUUCUCCCCCCCCCCCCCUUGAUGUGGGACAAGGAGUCUCCCUGCCUGGAGCAGCCCUUCCUUUGUCUCUGGGAAGAGUCCAGUUGUUCGGGCGGCCGGACAGCACAGGGUCCAGUCAGGGUAUCUUGUCCUGGCCCCUCCUGCCCCCCCCCCGCUGCCUCUGCCCCCCCCCCCAGAGACCGGUGGGGUGGCAGGUGAUCCUUUCGCCCCCCUCGGGGGAGACACGAGUGCAAUUUUAGGGGGCUCCGGCCCUCCUGAAGGGUCUUUGGGUCUGGCUUUUUCCUGGGGGGGGCUGGGAGGGUGUCAAACAUUCCCAGCUGACCCCCCCUCCCCCUCCAGACUUCUACCUCUUUAUGUUCAAAACCUUGGAGGGUUGGGCAGUUUUCCUGGAGGCUUCAGCCCCUGGCGCCUCCUCUGGGAAGACCCCCCCUCCUUUUAACGUUUGAAGGAAAGUCGGGGGGGGGGGAGCCCCUUGCAAUGUGACACUAAAUCUUUCGUUUUCUAAGGAAGGAAAUGUGGUUUUUUUAAUGCGUUUUAUAUUUUUUUUCUAAAAAAUACCCCCCCCCCCUCGAACUGUUACCAAAUGGAAGGUUUAUAAUUUAUGGGAUGGGCUCCUGUGUGGGAGGGGGGGUGGGCCUCCCCCUUUGAUUGUCCCCCCCCUCCAUAUUCCCUCCUGCCUCCGGGGUCAGCCCUGCCUUUUGUAUCCGCAUGAUGUGUGCCUAGAAGUAUUUUGGGGAGGGGGACUGUUUUCACCCCCUUCGUAUGGGAGCCUGGCAGAGGAGGGGGGGAAGGGGAGGGCUGGCUGGCUGGCCACUCGGGGGUCCCCCUUCCCCUGGCCUCAGCCGACCUCCUCUCCCAGCUGUGGGGGGCGGGGGGAAGGAUGUGGUUGUUGUAGCCAUUACAGUUAACCCCGUGAUACACAAACGUUACGUGUGUACACACACAAAUGCACACUUGUGUUGGACUCUAUUAAACCAUUAAAAGAAGUAUGUAGCUCAA